AUUGACAGUAGCGUAACAGAAUUCAAACAGUAAACAACAAAAUAUUAUUUGCACAAUUAAACGAAAAUAAUUUAUAUAAAUAUAAACAAGAAAUCGAAAAAAAAAACAACAAAAAAAAGUGUUAGCAAAAAAAUUUAAUACAGAAACAGAUUUGGGAAUAAGAAAAAAGUGUGCUAAAUUAACAAAAAAAAGGAUUACUACUCAUUAUACAGCUAGUGACAAAUAAAAUAGCAAAAAAAAAAAAUUAUCAAAAAUUUUUGAAUAGCAAAUAACAACAAAGUGUUAAUUAUUUAAAUAAUUAUUUAAUAUUUUGCGUAUCUUGGUGUUUCUGUGUCUAAAUAAGAUUUUUCUCUAACAAAAACUUCAGAGUUCAUAAUCAAAUAAAUCAAUACAAAAUGACAGCUGUUAAUGGAAAGACAUUUUUGGUAUUAUCCAUGAUCUUGGCUUUAGCCUGGUGCCAACAGCACUAUCAACAAAUCAGUGACAGUGAAGUGCCCGCUGUUUUAAGCUACAACUCACCAUUGAGACAACCCGAUAGCCUAAGAUCUCGUCCCUACUUUGAUUUCUUGAGCACCCUAUACAGACGUGAUGCCGACAAGACUCAAUUGUUUCGUCCCUAUGUACGCAAUCGUCGUGAGGCCAUUGCACCUAUUGCCUUAGACCUUAACGUUGCCCAACAUGAACGCAGCAAAAGAGCCAUAGUUUUUCGUCCCCUAUUCGUUUAUAGACAACAGGAAAUUCGAAAACAACAACUUCAAAAUCAACGCAGACGUCGUGUUUAAAUGAAUUUUUUAUUAACAUAUUAUUUUCGUAAACAUUUUUUUUUUUAAUUUUAUUAUUAUUAUUUUUUGUUUCUUUUAAUUUAAUUUAAAUUUGUGUACAGGUUGUGUUGCUCUUAGAAAAAAAACCAGAGUAACUCCUUUUAUAUUUUAAUAAUUUUGUUUUUCGCUAUUUUCUAUUGCAAAUCGCAAAUGUCACCUCUCUUUCAAGUCAUAUUUUUUUAUAUAAUUAUUACUUAUGUAUGUAUUCAUCUAAACUAAUUUGAACAAAAAAAAACUCAAACUAAUGCACCAUUUUUUAUUUAAUUUUAUACAAAAAAAAUUUAAAAAUUUAACUACUACAUAUUAAAUUAGUUUUAAGUAUAUUUUUUCUAUGUAGCUAUUUGUUUUUCUUAGUUUAUUUAAACAAACGAAAUUAUAUAUAUUUGUAGUUAGUAAUAAAAAAUUAUUUUUUAUUGUUGUUUUUUUUUUAUAUGUAAAAAUAAUGUUUAAAUAAAAAAAAAAUUAUUAAAUUACAUUACAU